AAACCCAGGGAAAGCUUGAGUACACUACUCGUACCGCCGUAUGUGUUAUGUAGGACAUCAUGUUUCUACAGGCAUUGUUUAGAAAUUCCAGGUACGUACAGUAUCUCUCCACAAUAGCUGCCGGUUUCGCACCAUUCACCUUUGCCGCGUGCACUGCGUGGCCUUCCCCGUCGCUGCCGUUGUUGACGUCUUCAAACUCCCCAAUCGGAAUUACUCUCAGUCAUGAAGAAGCAUCAUGGGUGGCCGCCUCCCUGUUUCUAGGCAUCAUACCUGGGAGUAUCAUUCAAGGGUUAUUACUUGAUAAAUUAGGUCCUAAGGGACUACUCCAACUUAGCUCUGCGGUUCUUUUUGUUCCAUGGAUUAUGAUAGGGUUCGCUGAUUCAGUACCGCUACUUAUUGCAGGUCGUUUCAUCAGUGGUCUUGGUUGUGGUAUUACGUUGUCCACAACUCCAAUUUAUAUUUGCGAGAUUGCAAGUAACGACAUUAGAGGCAAAUUAGGAGUGAUAGCCGCAUUGAUUACGACGUGUGGCGGAGUCCUAGUAUUUAGCGUAGGUCCUUUCGUAGGUUACACCGCCUUGACUAUGAUAUGCGGAAUUUUCCCGAUUAUCUUGGGAGUUUCCAUGACGUUCGCACCUGAAUCGCCGUAUUACUUAUUAAAAAAGGGCCGCCAAACGGAUGCCCGCACAAACCUGGUUCGAUUGUGUGCAUCCUCAAGUAAUUCAGAUCGAAUCCUAGGCGAAAUGAACGAAACCUUACGUCGUGACAAAGCCGAUAGAUCGCUUAUCGAGUUACUCCUAACUCCCAACUUCAGAAGAUCUCUUCUGGUGGUGCUUGGUGCCAAAUCAAUUUCGGAGUUUAGCGGGGGAUAUGCCAUCACUGCGUAUAUGCAAACCAUAAUGGAAGUCAGUCAAUCAAAUCUUUCACCUCAAUUGUCCAGUGUCAUCUACAGUCUGGUCCAAAUCCCUGCAAUGAUACUGUCCAGCAUAUUAAUUGACCGUCUAGGAAGGAAGCCGGUAUUCAGUAUAUCCGCCUUUGGGGCAUGUGUGUCUCUAUUAGGCGAAGGCACCUAUUUUUAUUUACAAGGAAAAGUGAACCUAGAAGCUGUUGCGUUUAUACCGAUAACAUGUUUAACGUUAUAUAGAGUUUUAGUGUCAUUUGGACUGAGCCACUUACCAUACUUUCUUACUGGUGAACUAUUUAACACGGAAACAAAAAAAGUGGGGGGAUUUAUCUUUGGAUUUUACUCUGGCCUGGUAGGUUUUCUCAAUUCGAAGCUAUUCUCGACGAUAACCAGCGCAUGGGGGAUAUACACAUCGUGUUGGAUUUUUGCCGGCGUUUGCGCCGUGGGAGUUUUAUUUGGCUUGUUUUUUAUACCGGAAACUAAAGGGAAAACAUUGGGGGAUAUUCAAAACAGCCUUUCGUCAACUAAAGAGUAGUUAAUGCAUAUGUCAAAAUUGGAUACUCUCCGUUAACGCUACAUUAACGCAGCUUUCACAUUGGCCAUUUUUAGCAGCGCGACGGUAGAAGACGUUUUCAUGGUAGUAUCCGCCCACGUAUCUCCAAUCAUACUGACACAACCAUGGCUCCGUAAAUACGAAGCCAUCCCACGAAAUGCAGCCCCACCUGGUCCAGCUGUAACAGUAUAAUGACCAUCCUGUAUGUAUACCUUUGAAAAAGGUUACUCAGCAACUAAACGAUCUACUUCGAACUUUCCACACCCCUCUCGACGAGCAAAAGACGCUAUCUACGACCGCGACCACCACACACAAGAUCCGGUUGCGUCAGGACGUCCCAUUCCGAGUCGAUUCUUACCGUGGCCCGACAGAGAGAAAGAGGAAGUCGAAACAGUGUUGGCGAUAGGAAUAAUUGAGACGAGUUCAUAAGAAUACAGUUCGUCUAUCGUCGUGGUAACAAAGAAAGACGGCAAUCCUAUAUUUUGCGUAGAUUACCGACGCCUCAGCGCCGUAAUCAAAGACGAGAGCUCCAACCUGCCUCACAUCCAGAUCCAGGAAACUCUCCGGUGACGGCAUUUUCAACUCCCGACGGUGCCUUAUACCAGUUUAGGGUGAUGCCCUUCUGGUUAAAAAAUGCCCCGGCGACCCUCUAAAAAUUAACGACACAGGGUCCUAGCGGGAUUCUUAAAGAAGUCUAGGUAAGACGAUAUCGUUAUCUAUUCCGACCAUUGGGAAGACCACAUCCGCCACCUGCUCCCAACAAUGAAGACACUGCAAAACUGAGUCGGGCAUCUCUGGGAAAAUGCCGUACAGACCAUCGAAUACCAGGACAUCAAGAAAGGCCCAUCAGGGCCGAAAACGUGGAACGCCGUCGUGCUACUGUACCGAUCAUCUUGUACAUGUUAAGCAGCUGAAGCCGCUACAGGAACAAUGCCCAGC